AUGGCGGAGGAACACCCCCAACUCCAGUCCGCUCUGCGGGAACUGGAUAGGGAACUUGAGGAAGGUGACAUUACAGAGAAGGGUUAUCAGAAACGGCGAACCGUCCUCCUUUCGCAGUACCUCGGAUCUACGGCUCUCGAUUUCAAUGCUGUCAGCGCUGCCGAACCAACCCAGUCGAUGACCAGUUCCGUCAGAUCUCCGCCAGCACUUCUCAGUAUUCGGCCGCCAACAGCUGAUUCGGGCGGACCCUCGCAAUCUUUCACCGGUGGACAUGGAGCGCCAAGUAACGGAAGCUUCGGGUACGAGCAAAAUGCUGGCAACGAGGGAUUGUCGCCGUUCAAUGGAGACGGUGCGAUGAUGUCUCACCAUGGACGGGGUCCAUCGGCGUCCUCGUAUGAUUCUCUUUUUCUCCCAAAACCUGCCCCUCCCGUACAACAGGACUCGAGGACAGCGACCCUCCUGAGCCAGAAUUACGCUUUCAGCCCUACGGGCCCCAAUGGCCAAUUUGAUGAACCGGUUGGAGCUUACGAUAUGCCUCCUCCCGAAGUGUCACGACAGUCGACAAUGCUGGAGUCGCAACAAGGGUACUUCGACGACUUUGCCGGGCAGCAACAGGAGGACUAUAGAGAUAGCUAUGGUGGCGGGUUCCACCGAUACUCUCAAUCUGAUGCAUUCUCUCCAACCGCGAAUAUGGCGCCCCCAUUAAUACCUGCCUCUGAUCUCCCGCAAGGCGCUAUUGUCGAUCACCUACUGCCCCUCGAGCCCCGCGAUAUCCCAUUCGCUGUACAUGACCCGCAUGAUAAAAAUACCCCAAUGUCAAAUUUCGACAAUAUCCCCACAGUUCUCAGACACCGCGCGCGAACUAGCGGCAAACAGCCGGCAUAUUGGGUCCUAGAUCAAAAGGGAAAGGAAAUUGCGUCUAUAACGUGGGAGAAGCUCGCAAGCCGUGCGGAAAAGGUCGCCCAGGUCAUUCGUGACAAGAGCAACCUUUACCGUGGGGACCGCGUUGCUCUGAUCUAUCGAGAUUCUGAGAUUAUAGAGUUUGCUGUUGCAUUAUUAGGUUGUUUUAUUGCCGGAGUUGUCGCCGUUCCCAUCAACAGCUUAAACGAUUAUCAAAGCUUGAACCUUGUUCUUACGUCGACCCAAGCGCAUCUUGCACUGACGACGGAAAAUAACCUCAAAAGCUUCCAGAGAGACAUUACGACUCAGAAGCUCAACUGGCCUCGAGGUGUAGAGUGGUGGAAGACGAAUGAAUUCGGCAGUUGGCAUCCGAAGAAGAAGGAUGAUACACCGCCGCUUAUUGUUCCUGAUCUCGCCUAUAUCGAGUUCUCGCGCGCCCCGACAGGAGACCUGCGCGGUGUUGUCAUGAGCCACCGAACGAUAAUGCAUCAGAUGGCCUGUUUGAGUGCGAUGUUCGCCACUGUGCCUUCGUCUUCGAGGCAGCAAUCCCGUGGAGAGACCAUUAUUAGCUACUUAGACCCUAGACAGGGUAUAGGUAUGAUAUUGGGCGUGCUUCUCACAGCGUACGGUGGUCAUACAACCGUGUGGCUGGAAGACCGCGCGGUUGAAACGCCGGGUCUCUACGCACACCUCGUGACGAAAUACAGAGCCACAAUCAUGGCUGCUGAUUAUCCUGGGCUGAAGAUAACUGCUUACAACUACCAGCAAGAUCCUAUGGCUACGCGGCAUUUCAAGAAGAACGCGGAACCUAACUUUGCUAGUGUCAAGCUUUGUUUGAUUGAUACGCUCACUGUUGAUGCCGAGUUCCAUGAGGUGCUUGCGGACAGAUGGCUGCGGCCCAUGAGGAAUCCGAGAGCGCGCGAAAUUGUCGCGCCGAUGCUAUGCUUGCCCGAACAUGGCGGUAUGGUAAUUAGCGUAAGGGACUGGUUAGGAGGCGAAGAACGGAUGGGCUGUCCUUUGACGCACGAGAUGGACCCAAUUGAUGAUCAGGAGGUCAAGAAGGAAGAAGCCAAUUCCGAUAAGGCCGAGAACAGCGGGUUUGGAAGUAGCUUGCUAGGCGGCGGGUCAUCUGCUCCAGCCCCUGAACAAACGGGGACGACUGAGCUUGGAGAAGCGCUGCUUGAUAAAGAGGCCUUGAAGAACAAUGAAGUCGUGGUAUUAGCCAUGGGCGAGGAUGCCCGGAAGUAUGCGGGGACUAUGCCCAAUGCUGUUCGUGUUGGGGCUUUCGGAUAUCCUAUACCUGACGCGACGUUCGCCAUUGUUGACCCCGAAACCAAUCUGCUGUGCACACCCAACGUUAUCGGCGAAAUCUGGAUCGACUCGCCCUCUCUUUCCGGUGGAUUCUGGGCGCUACCCAAACAUACGGAAGCUAUUUUCCACGCACGGCCGUAUAAAUUUGAAGAGGCCAACCCCACUCCUAUUUUGGUUGAGCCCGAGUUUCUUAGAACCGGCCUCCUUGGUUGUGUAAUUGAGGGCAAGGUCUUCGUGCUAGGGCUGUAUGAAGACCGAAUCCGCCAAAAGGUAGAGUGGGUCGAGCAUGGACAGCCAGCCGCGGAACAUCGCUACUUCUUCGUUCAACACCUAGUCGUCAGCACGCUCAAGAACAUUCCAAAAAUACACGACUGUACAGCUUUUGACGUGUUUGUCAACGAAGAACAUCUUCCGAUUGUUGUGCUUGAGUCGUACGCGGCGUCAACGGCGCCGACAACUUCAGGAGGCCCUCCGCGACAGCUGGACUCCGCCCUUCUUGAGUCUCUUGCAGAAAGAUGCAUGGAGGUUCUUUACCAGGAACACCAUCUGAGAGUCUACUGUGUGAUGCUUACAGCGCCAAAUACCCUUCCGCGGGUUACUAAGAACGGAAGACAGGAAAUUGGCAACAUGCUUUGCCGUAAGGACUUUGAUGCAGGAACCUUACCCUGCGUUCAUGUCAAAUUUGGCGUUGGACGAUCGGUCAUGAACCUUCCCAUUGGUGUUGAUCCGGUUGGAGGUAUUUGGUCGCCUCUGGCCUUGGAAACCAGGCAAGCUAUGUUGGAGCUGCCAGAGAAGCAAUAUUCCGGAGUGGACUAUCGUGAUGUCGUUAUGGACGAUCGCACCUCCACACCUCUCAACAACUUCACCUCCAUCGUCGACCUACUGCAGUGGCGGGUAUCCCGGCAAGCCGAGGAACUAUCGUACUGCUCUAUUGAUGGCCGCGGAAAGGAAGGAAAGGGCAUAACUUGGAAGAAAUUCGACCUUAAAGUUGCCGCCGUCGCGAUCUACUUGCGAAACAAAGUCAAGCUUCGCCCGGGCGACCAUGUGAUUCUGAUGUACACCCACUCAGAAGACUAUGUCUAUGCGGUCCACGCUUGUUUUUGCCUCGGUGUUGUUGUGAUUCCUCUUGCGCCUAUCGAUCAGAACCGGCUUUCUGAAGAUGCCCCUGCAUUUCUUCAUGUUAUCAGUGACUUCCACAUAAAGGCGAUCAUCGUCAACAACGAUGUUGACCAUGUGAUGCGACAGAAACUUGUUUCACAACAUAUCAAGCAGUCUGCGCAAGUUCUCAGGAUAGGAGUGCCUGCCAUCUACAACACCACCAAGCCAUCGAAACAGUCUCAUGGGUGUAAGGACCUCGGACUCACAAUGAAGGAGGCAUGGCUGCAAGGAAAUCAACCGGCUAUGGUCUGGACGUACUGGACUCCAGACCAACGGAGGAUCUCUGUCUCAAUCGGACAUGAUACCAUACUGGGCAUGUGCAAGGUACAGAAAGAGACAUGCCAGAUGACUAGUUCUCGACCGGUUCUAGGCAGUGUGCGAAGCACUUUGGGUCUUGGCUUCCUUCAUACCUGCCUGAUGGGUAUAUAUGUUGGUGCGCCGACAUACUUAGUCUCACCAGUUGACUUUGCGCAGAAUCCUAUGACGCUAUUCCUUGCCCUCUCUAGGUACAAGAUCAAGGAUACAUACGCUACCAGCCAAAUGCUGGACUAUGCCAUCAGUGCAAUGCCCGGAAAAGGCUUCCAGCUUCAAGAACUGAAGAACUUAAUGAUAUCUGCCGAAGGCCGACCACGUGUUGACAUCUACCAAAAAGUACGCCUGCACUUUGCCGGUGCCAACUUGGACCGGACGGCGAUCAAUGUGGUGUAUUCGCACGUUCUCAACCCCAUGAUUGUUACCAGGUCUUAUAUGUGUAUUGAACCCGUCGAGGUGUGGCUGGAUCUGCGAGCUUUGCGUCGUGGUCUCAUCGUUCCUGUGGAUCCUGAUACAGACCCAACAGCGCUAGCACUGCAGGACUCUGGUAUGGUGCCUGUGAACACACAGAUCGCUAUUGUCAAUCCGGAAACAUGCACUCUGUCUCAAGUUGGUGAAUACGGAGAGAUCUGGCUUCAAUCAGAUGCUUGCGCCAAAUCAUUCUAUGGCUCGAAGCAAGAUUUCGAUCUUGAGCGGUUCGAUGGCAGGAUUGAGGAUGGAGAUCCCAACGUAUCCUUUGUACGGACCGGAGAUUUAGGCUUCCUUCAUACGGUUACACGGCCAAUCGGACCUGGAGGUCAGCCUGUUGAGAUGCAAGUGCUGUUCGUACUUGGAGGAAUCGGAGAGACUUUCGAGGUCAAUGGGUUGAACCACUUUCCCAUGGAUAUUGAGAACUCUGUGGAGAAGUGCCACCGUAACAUCGUGAACGGCGGAUGUGCUGUGUUCCAGGCUGGUGGCAUGAUUGUGGUGGUGGUCGAGGUGGCGAGAAAAGCCUAUCUAGCGUCCUUGGUCCCGGUCAUUGUGAACGCUGUCCUCAACGAACACCAGGUCGUCGCUGACAUUGUAGCGUUCGUCUCCCACGGAGACUUCCCCCGCUCUCGACUAGGCGAGAAACAGCGCGGGAAGGUGCUAGCAUCCUGGGUGACUAGGAAACUGCGGACGAUCGCGCAGUUCAGCAUCCGCGAGAUGGAAGGCAGCAACUUCGGGCCUGCUCCACAGCACCGUAUGAGCAAGAGCUCCAAGGCCGGCAGCAUCAUGGGCCACAGCGCCCGAAGCGCUCGACGGUCUACGAUUGUUCCGGAUGAACCUGUACCGCGCUCUCCGGCUUUGCCUCCCGCUCCACCUCUGUUGGAGAGCCCAGCAGAGCCUUCGUUGACGCUGGUCAACAGCUCUUCGGCGAUUAUCCCGGAAGUGCCGCAGAUCGAGCUUCAGCAUCAUCAGCCUCAGCCAGCAGCCGAACCGGAGACUCCUAUUGACACUAAUGAGAACCAGUCCCCUGUAUUGAGUAAUGAUACUCCGAGGGGCCACAGGCGUGACUUCAGUUUCGAUUUCGGAGACUUUGGAGGGUCAACCGCAGCUCCUUCACAACCGGGUCACCCCGCGGAGUCUCUCCCCUACCGCCCGGGCCCAGGAUACUUACAAAACCCGAGCACCGGAGCGCCCGCCAUUGAUUUCUCCCGGCGAAGUGACUCAUAUCAACCCAGAGCGACCGGCGCACCAGACGAACAAGUGGACUGGCCACAGGAAGCGCUGAUGUACCAGUCAGCAUAUGACGCCGAUGUACGCGGCCCAGGAGCCCGCAGGGACUAUCUACAAUAA